UUCACCUUCGAUCACUAGUGAGAAAGGUUUGUCUAUUUUAGCCAUCUAGUGGCGGAUUGUUGCAAGAUAAAAUACAAUCAAAUUGAGAACAUGCGAUUGGUAGGAUGGCGUUAUGCAGCAUUUAUCGGAACAUUUGUGGCAAUUGUAGGCACAUGUAGUUAUUUUACUAUGAUAAGUCCCAUGAUUAAUCCAGAACCAUAUAAACAAAUUCGAGAAUAUGUGGCACAGGUUGAAAGUAAAAAGAACAAGAAGGAAAUAUAAAUAUAAAGGAUAUUAAUAUUUAAGGAACUUUACUUUGCCAGAGAAAUGAUCGAAGAAGACAUUUAUUGUA